CUUCGAUCUGCAACAGAUUCUCAGCGCAGCAGAUGCUCCAAGUCGUACUCCUUACAGCACCCCGCCGUGUCAUAUCUCUUUGUCAAGUUGUCUCUCUCUUCGUCUUCAGAACAUCAUAAUUUCGCCUCGUCCAUGUUGGAAUUAGGGAAAUGCCCAAUGAGGUCAUUGCUUCAACGCGAUCGCAAGAAGAAUCAGAUGAAAAUCAAAAUAAACAACAGUCUUCCAUUCCAAGACGCCGGAGGACAAAUCUUGAUUGGCUAUCUUGCGCGGUACCUCCGGACGACUUAACGCCAUUCGAGCGAUUCACUCGUGAUGUCGACUGGGCAAAUACUUUCUUCGGACCCGUAGCUACGUGGAACGACCAGCUUCGCACGGCUGUUCUCCAAUGUAUUGCCGAUCCAGACCCAGCUGCUGUGUUGUUCGGCGACAAACAGCACAUUAUCUACAAUGAAGCGUAUACACCUCUCGUUGGCGAAAAUCAUCCAAAAUUACAAGGCGCCGAGCCGCGACCUAUUUUUGGUGACUUGUGGGACGAAUAUGAGGCCAACUACAGGAUAUGUGAGGCCACGGGGGGAUUCGUCUCCCAUCCGGCCUUGCUGACGUUCAUGACGCGACAUGGCUACGAAGAAGAGUGCUACUUUGGUUUUAAAUGGGCACCGAUCAUCGGUAGAGAUGGAAAUCUUGCUGGAGUAUACGCAUCAUGCUCAGACACCACGACCGCUACAAUUCUUGCGCGAAGGGUGAGCUUGUCCCGAGACAUUGCCUCGACGAUAGCCCAGGACAAGGAAUUUUCCAGUCUUUGGGUGUCACUCAUUUCAGGACUACAAAAGGCUGCGAUCGACCUGCCGAGUGUCAUGUUGUAUUCAAAGCUUGCACCUGAGACGAGCCCUUCGAGAUCAACUACGUACCAUCUCGAAGCAUCCGUAGGGGUGCGGAAUGCAUCAACUGCUGUGCCACAGCGCAUUUCACUCGAAGAUAAAAGCAUUUUUGUGGCUGCCAUGCAGAAAGCCAUUAGACAGCGAUCAAUUGUGUUAUUGCGGGAGGCUGACGGCCAAAUACCUUCCCAAGUGUUGGAUGCAUUUGAGCCUCGCAGUUUCAAUGCUCGGAGUAAAGAGCUCGCAUUCUGUCCAAUCUUUUCAGGUACAGAAGCUGUGUGCUUUUUGAUCGCAGGACUGGGUCCCAAGAAACGCUACAACGUGCCUUAUCAGAGCUUUCUUCAGCGACUUACCGACGAGAUCAUAGCUCCGAAGGUGGGAAGCAUCCUGUUAACGCAUGAAAAAGAAAGGGGCCGGAUCCUUUUCCAGAAUGCGGAAGACGAACGAACUCGUCGUUUGAGAGAACUCGAGCAGAGCGAGCUGAAAUACAGACAAUUUGCUGAGCAUGCGCCGUUGGGAAUGGUGCGCGUCGACACGAAAGGCAAUAUCGAAUACGCAAAUGCAGCUUGGAAAGCAAUAUUCGACGUUCGUCCGGGCGAAACGCCCGAAGCAUCUUGGCUUCGAACGAUUCAUCCUGACGAUCACGAGAAGAUGGUCCAAUUCUUCAAGGACGUAUGCAGAGGGGAGGGCGCCAUCACGAUCGAGCACAGACUUGUCAAGAAAUGGGACGGGCAGCGAGAACUGGACCACACGAUUCCCACAAUACCAACUUGGCUCUUGGUUACAGGUUAUUUAGAGGACCAAGAUCAUGUCAUCUGCUGGAUGACAGAAAUCUCGGCACAGAAAGCGGCCGUGACUGCGUUGAACGAAAAGAUGGAGGAAGCGAUUCUCCAACGCACGAGACAGGAAAACUUCAUCGACAUGAUUUCACAUGAGCUUCGAAAUCCCAUGUCAGCAGUAUUGCACUGUACUGAGGAUAUCAUCAGGCUGACUCAAGGCCUCCUCAGUAAUAAAAAGGUUGACUCGCAGUCAUGCACGGUGAAUGGCUGCUUGGAGUCGGCCCGGAUAAUCAUGUAUUGCAUUGAGCACCAAAAGCGUAUCAUUGACGACGUGCUUACACUAUCCAAGCUUGAUGCCGAUCUGCUCGAAGUCGCUCUCGUUCCUGUUCAGCUACGAAAAGUGAUACGCACCGCUUUGCACAUCUUCGAUCGCGAGCUCAGCGAGUCGAACAUCAAGCUCAACAUUAUCGAAGAUACAUCCUUGGAUAACCUUGAUGUCUCCUUCGUUCAGCUUGAUCCAAACCGGUUUCUUCAGAUCAUAAUAAAUCUCGUCACAAACGCCAUCAAAUUUACGAGAACCUCGCUGCAACGAGAGAUCACCGUUAGGAUCUCAGCAAGCAGAGCUCGGCCAGAACCAGAAGAUAUGACCUUUUUCCCCUCAACAAAGCCAACAAAUGAAGAAUGCGGCUCUGCUAUCAGUGCAGGGUCUUCAGAAAAUAGUCUUUACCUCCUGGUCUCCGUCUCAGAUACAGGCAAAGGCUUAUCUGAUAGCGAGCGUCACAACCUUUUCAAGCGUUUCGCACAGGCUUCGCCUAAAACGCAUAUCGAGUACGGCGGCUCCGGCUUAGGACUUUUCAUAUCACGACAGAUUACCGAGCUGAUGGGGGGACAGAUCGGAAUCAAGAGGGACCAGCAGAUAGGUUGUACUUUUGCCUUCUUCAUUCAAACCCGGCGUAUCGCCACGGACGGUCUCAGGGAGCAAGAACAUCUUUCAUCUGCAACAGACAGUUUACCCUUGAAAGUCAGCCACCACCCUGUAUCUCCAUUGGUGAGUCCACCGUCGUCGAGUUUGGCAACACCAAGGUCCAGCGGUUCACCUAAGCGACUCGCUGCAUCUUCCUGUGUGGAGACCAAUAUCGAGGCCACUUCAGCCAUCGAGAUAAUGGAAAUUUCUCUGUCGUCGCCUUCUACAACGGCGCACUCAAUCGGAAGCGGUCCCUCAAUCAAAGUUCUCGUUGUGGAAGACAACGUCAUAAACCAAAAGGUAGUCUGCAAGCAACUCAAGUCGCGUGGAUUCAACGUGCAUGCCGCAAACCAUGGCGUCGAAGCCCUCAACGCGUUAAAGGAGGCCACUCUUCAGGCUCACGGCGACGAAGCGCAAGGGAGAUAUUUCGACAUUGUACUGUGCGAUAUCGAAAUGCCGGUGAUGAACGGUAUCCUUUGCGCGAAGGAAAUCAGGAGGUUGGAAGGGGAGGGAGUUUUGAAAGGCCACAUCCCCAUCCUAGCGGUAACUGCCAACGCGAGGAGUAUUCAUUGUCAGCAGGCCAUCGAAGCAGGCAUGGAUGAUGUCACGACGAAACCAUAUCGUAUGGAUGAGCUUAUUGCGCAGAUUAAGAAACACGUUACAAGAAACACGUUUCUCGGCCAACCCGAAGCAUCGUAAUCUAAAAUUCUGCCUGGGCAACGCCAAUAGGUAGCAUCUCGCAAAUGGUUAAGGUCCCUCAAAAGGUGGGACACCACCGUGGAGAGCAGACUUUUGUGAGUAGCAGCUGACAUUAUGGCCCAUGGUGUUCCUGCAGCACAUAUUCGUAGGGCGUAAAUCAUGCUGAAAAUCCAAAACAUGGAGUUUCACAAAAGUGGUCAAACCCAAUACACAAGGGUGGAGGGAGAGGGAGUUUAAAAAAAAUAUAUAGCAAGAAGCCAAAUCAGCGUAGACGACAUCGUUUAAGCCAUGAUGAAAAUGAAGAAAAGAACAUUCAAUACGUAGUUUGGGGGAAUGCUCGUUAGACAAUGUACAUAUCUGAUAGAUAGCAACACACGUGAGAAUAAUUUUUGGGCCCGUGGGCC